GUUUGGCGAGCACAGGUACUAUGGCCGUCACCUGGUGUGCCAUCAUCCUUCUCCUGGGCUCCCUGGCAGUCACACAGGUUGCUGAAGGUAGCAAGGCCCGGUCCAGCUGCCCCAAUGGCUGGUUCUACUACAAGGCUAACUGUUAUGGCUACUUCCGUUAUCCAUUAAGCUGGUCUGAUGCCGAGUUUGACUGCCAAUCCUAUGGCCACGGGGCUCAUCUGGCAUCCAUCUUGGAUUCUGCAGAAGCUAAUAUCAUUGCCUCCCACAUUUCAGCCUACCAGAAGAACCAGCCGGUCUGGUCAGGACUUCACGACCCCGACCAGAUCCGCCGCUGGAAGUGGACAGACGGCUCCAUGUAUAACUACCGCUCAUGGCUCCCCAACCAACCGGAUAACAAUAAGGGACAAGAAUACUGUGGAGAGCUCUCAUGUGUGGAAAGUAAGUGA